GCUGGGAUGGGGAGGGGGGGAGGCGGUUUCCCUGCGCAGCCGGGCUGUGGCUCGCAGGCAGCCGCCGCAGCGCUCGCAGCAGCCGCCGGGCGGGAGCAGCCGCAGCUCCGGGAGCCUCGAGAUGCCGAAGAGGAAGGUGACGGUGGCGGACGGGGACGCCCCGGCGGAGCCCAAGCGGCGAUCGGCGCGUCUGUCCGCGAAACCCGCGCCGGCCAAAGCAGAGCCGAAGCCAAAAAAGUUGCCGGCAAAGGAUAAAUCUGAGGACAAGAAGGCUCAAAAGGGGAAAAAGGGGCCUAAAGGAAAACAGACAGAAGAGACGAACCAAGAACAGACAAAGGACAACCUGCCUGCAGAAAACGGGGAAGCUAAAACUGAGGAGACCCCAGCACCUGAUGCAGCUGCAGAGAAAGAAGUGAAGUCUGAGUAACACCCACAUCUGUAACUGGUGGUCUUUAAACCUUUCUUCUUGUACAAUUCAGAGGAAUAUUUUUAUCGACUAUUUUGUAAAUGCGAGUUUUUUAGUAGUUCUAGAAAACACAUUUUUAAAAAAAAAAAAAAAGAGGAGAGAGUCCCGACUCAACCCAUUUUUUUACAUAUUUAGAUAAGUGUAAAUGCUUUUUUUAAGUGGUAAAGUCAUGUACUGGUUGUCUGUUUUCUAUGAAACCAGAAAUUAACAGCAUGUUAAUUAAGGAGAGGGCUCUGAGGCCUUGAUUAGGCUUCACGUUCCACAGCCUGCGAGGGACAGUUUUCUAUCCUGUUAAAUGAAGCAUAACACAGAUGAGACUUUGGAAUUCAUAAUGAUGUGUCGAGAAUGUCUUAACAUUGUAGUUAUUUAUCUUUAUGGUUGUACCAUCAGUAGAAUUCCUUAUCUAAUAAAACUGCUCCCUAGUGUUGGAUUUCUUGCUGAGUGAUGUAUAUCUGUGACAAAAGUUAUUUUUGGUAGUUGCAGCUUUAUUUUUUUUCCAACAACUUUGUAGCUGUGAUGAGAAAGAUGGGAAACUUUUUAUUUUAUAUCUUUAAAUACUGGCUAAGGAAAAGUUUCUGCUUGGCAGAUGGAACUUGUUAUGUCAAUAUUUGAGAUGCUGGAACUUCACCUCUAGUUUUAAAGGACAGCUUGUCUACAAAGAUCAAGUGAAAAAAAUAUUUGAAAUAGUCCUAGGGAAAAAAAAAAACAAUUAGUUUUUAGACUGAAAAAAACUAUGUGAAUAAAAACAAUUGUAAAAUUGUUGAUAGUGUUUGUGAUCUUCAAACAAAAGCCAAAUAAAUCUUGAUUAUGAAAG